AUGGCUGCAUCUGCAAGAAUCAACGUAACAAUGAUGACGGUGAUGAUAGCUUUAGUGAUUUCUCUUUAUUGGGGUUCAGCUUCAGCUUCAUCUGUGGGUGAGUUUGUUGACAAGACCAUUAACUCCCACAAGAUUGUCAUCUUUUCCAAGACCUAUUGUCCGUACUGUAAAAAAGCAAAAGCUGUUUUCAAAGAAUUGAACCAAGUUCCAUAUGUUGUGGAGCUUGAUGAGAGAGAUGAUGGUUCAAAGAUUCAGGAUGUUUUGACUAACAUUGUUGGGAAGCGUACUGUGCCACAAGUUUUCAUCAACGGGAAACACCUCGGUGGAUCAGACGAUACUGUCGAAGCAUAUGAGAGCGGGCUUUUGGCUAAACUUCUAGGAAUUGAGACCGAUGAUCAUGAUGAUCUCUGA